AUGUCGCUCCGGCGCCUCUUGGGCCUUUCCGCCGCCGUGUCCGGCCGCCUAAGCCGCUCCUUCUCCACCUCCACGGCCGCCUCCUCCCGCCCUCCCUGGAUCUUGGUCGACCAGCUGUCAGUGGCCACCGGGUCGGCAGCACCGGGCGCGUCCAUGCGCAUCGUCGAGCCCCCGCGCUUCUCCAGCAUCACCGUCCCGGCGCUCCAGGUCGACACCAGCGCCGGCCCCGACCCCGACAGCGACGUCGCGCAACUCCUCGUCGGCCGCGUGUGCUCCGCCAGCGCCGACGGCCUCCUCCUUAUCGUCAUCUACGAUCUCCGCGCCACGGCUCCCAUCCUCGCCAAGCAGGGCGCCAAUCAUGUCCGCCAGCUGACCGGCCUCGUCCGCGGGCACACCCCGGACACCACGCGCUUCCUCUACAACCCUCUCACCGGCCAACUGACCCGCCUCCCGGCCAUCGACGUCGGCCCGUGGCGGCUCGUGUGCGGCCCUCACAUGGGCGUCCUCACCCAAGCCGGUCGCGGGCACGGAGACGGACCUCCCGACAGGGUCGCCGUCGCCGAGCUGCAGGGGAACAGGAUGCUCCGCUUUCUCUCGGACACGGGCGAGUGGGACGUCGCGGUCACCACGCCGUGCCAACUCCCGGGCGUCCGGCGGUUUCACUCGGAGACGGGCAGGAGGUUCGACCAAGAGGCGUUCGCCUUCGGCGACCGGCUGUGGUGGGCUGACCUGAGCUGGGGCGCCAUCUCGGCCGACCCGUUCAGCGGCCGGCCGGAGCCCCGCUUCGUGGAGCUGCCGAGGGGCAGCGUGAUGCCCGCACGCCCAGGGCCGGCGCCAGGGUGGCUUGACCUGGAGGGUUUUGAGGCCCUGUCCAAAGACGCGCCGGCAGUGGGCAGGUACCGGCGCGUGGGGGUCAGCGACGAGGGAAGGCUGCGCUACGCCGAGGUGUGGAGCCGGGAGCCGUUCGUGCUCAGCUCCUUCACGCUCGACGACGAGGGCAGCGGCUGGACGCUGGAGCACCGCGUGGUGCUCAGCCGGCUCUGGGCGGAUGGAGACCACCCAUGGCUGCCCUUGCCGGAGAAGACGACGCCACAAAUUGUCGCUCUUGACCCACUGAACGGCAAUGUCAUCUACCUGAAGGUCGGCAGGCACAGCAUCGGCGUGGACAUGAGCAAGGAGGAGGUGAUUCGGAGCUUUCUGGACAGAGGAGCCGGGUGCAUACCAUGCGUGCUUCCACCGUGGCUUGAAUCCAGCCGGAACUCUGCCGCAGAAUUUGUGUAA